CGGUUGGUUUCGGUUGCGUCCCCCGGACCCCUUCUCUUGCCAGCUGUUGCUUAUCUUGCCGGUUGUGUAGCGUAGCCGGUGUAACGUCUGGUUCGUCGUGUCAAUGUUCUGGAUUGUCCACGUGUGCAUAGACAGAAAGCACUGGCAUGCAUGAAUGACUGCGUAAGUGGCGAAAGGACCAAACGCAGCUUGCGAUAUGCUCCUUUGUGUGCCACAAGCUACUGGCUUCAUAGGCGGGCUGCUGUAAUCAAGAACAACUCUUGACAAAGAAUGGCAAGGCUGUCACUCACUCAUUGCGUGACUGCAUCGGUUCUGCCCAUGCACUGCCUCCUCUCCAUACGUCUUCUCUACCAUGCUAUCUACCUCAGUUCUGGACUGUUGCACUAACCUGUUUGUGCCAGGCUUGCCUUGAUAGCUCACUUUAACGAAGAUCAGAGUCUGCAGACCAUCCCUGUUUUUCAGCAUGUUUCAAAUAACAGCUGCUCUUAGUUCUGCAAAGCACCUGCGGUGGGUGCCUUUCAGGUGCAGAUUUAUUAGUCGGUGCCACACUGCCACCAGUGAGGCCCCAGUUGUGGAGCGCGAGGUCCGAGAGCUGCAGAUCCCCAUUCCGUAUGGGCACCUGGCUGCUAAAGAGUGGCUGCCCACGUCUGCCGAGGACCCACGCCGACGUGUUCUCCUGCUGCACGGUUACCAGGACAAUGCUGGUAGCUUUGACCACCUUGUGCCAAAGCUUGACCCUCGAUGGCAUGCUGUGGCCAUUGACUUCACGGGCCACGGCCUAUCUUCACACUUGCCCGAAGCGAUACCGUGCAUUUCAGUGCAGUUUUGGCUUGACAUAUCACGUGCGGCUAACCACCUUGGCUGGAGUCAAUUCUCUCUGAUUGGACAUAGUGUAGGAGGUCUAGUGGGCCAGCACUAUGCCUGCAUCUUUCCUGAGAAGGUCCAAAAUUUAGUCAUGAUUGAUGCCUUGGCUCCUAUGUAUGAUCAACAUAGCAAACUUUCACGAAGCUUAAGAGAAAUGUUAGAAGGCCACUUGCGGCUUGAACAGAAGGAUCUCAGCAAGCCACCUGUCUACACGGAAGAGGAAGUGAUAAAGCUUUACAAGCAUAGUCUGGUUCCAGGCUACCUUCCUGAAAACAUUAGGACGCUGAUGAAACGUGGUUGUAAGCCUGCUGGAGAUGGUCGCUACAUCCUGACGAAGGACACACGGCUUAGAUACAUCCAGUGGACUCGGAUUGACAGUAAUGCUCUAAAAGAAUACUACGGUGGCUACACCAACAACCUCUUGGUAGUGAUGGCCGUUCCUGGAUUUGGUGUCACAUCUGCGAAGCACAAGAUACUGUCCGACGUCUAUGAACAAAACUGCCGCACGUUUCAGAUUGUUCAAGUAGAGGGCAACCACCAUGUUCACAUGACUUAUCCAGAUGCAGUAGCUAGUCACAUACGUCCCUUUUUAGAACCACAGUGAUGUCAUAAACAAUAUAAUAAUGUCAGUUUUCUAUUGUCAUACCUUAUUCUUCCAAGCAGCCAUGGAGAUAAUUUUUGCUCUGUGGUGAUGCAUUCCUUCACCAAUGUUUCAUGUUGUGGAUGAUGUCAUCUGUGGCCUCAAGGUGACUGUGCUGUGUAUACUGGUGUUAUUUGGUGAAGCUGGAAGUGCAUUUGAAAUUUAUACUGUGGGAAAACGUAACUGUAAGUCGGAAUCAGUGUCACAAAAAGGAAAAGCCAGCAUGCAGAACCCAUUUAACUUGGAUGAAUAUGAAAAUUGGUGGCUGGCAUUCAUCAUCAUUUCUGCAUUCCUUUUGCCUUAUAGUCUUUGUGCUACUUUCAUUCACCGUGUCCCAACUAGACAAUAAAAAUGCUCUACUUUAGUUCAA